AUGGGUUCAGUCCCAUCAAUGAAACCGACUCCAAACCGACCGAUGAUUUUAGUCAAGAAUAUAUCGACUCGAGAACACAACAGGAUUAAAGUUAAGGCAAAGCCAUUCACCUUCAAGGCAGAAAUAAGCUUGGAAUGGAAAGAUAUGAAAGAUUUCUUUCGCGGUUUAGUAAAAGGUUCGUCGACAAAUUCCCGUGAAACCGGGGACACCCGUUCACAUCGAUCAGCCCGUGAUACGGAGCCCGAGAUGAGCGCUGCCGAGUCGGGAGACGGACCCUGGAUAUCGAACCUCAGUCCCGCCGCCGUCGUCGGGACCAUCGUCGGAGGAACCAUCGGAAUCUUCGUCAUCGUCGUGUUGACGGUGAUCAUCUGCUCGUAUAAGAACUACUCAUCGCUGGAGAUGCGGCAGAGAACGUCGGAUGUAUACAGUGGCGGGAACGGGUACCGUCAAGCGGAAAGACGGAUGUAGGGACUUGAUUUGGUAAAACCCAACACUAUCAUGAUCAAGAAAAUUGUCAUCAAACUGGGAGAGUGAUAUACCAGGCUUGUUCGGGUGCUAGGUGUCGAAUGGAGGAAUAAUCAUUAAACCUGAUAUAGUAAAACGGAUGCAUCGCUAGUGCUAUGGACGGCUUGGGACCACUGGACCCCUCCCCUAAAAAGUCCCUCGACCAAGAAAAAAGCAAAGAGGAGGAGGAAAUUAAUAUUAUGAAUAUGUCAAAAUCUGUCAUAAAAUUAGCUUUUAAUUUAGACUUUUUUGAAAAAUUAAACUUCAAUUUAAUUCAAAUAAACGUUUAUUUUCUUCCAACUUACAAGUGCCCCUCAAAAUGUUGGCCCAAUUUUAUAUACUUGAUCAAGACACACAUGUUAAUUAAGGUGCCAAACAGAUUAAAGGAUGCAGGGAGGAAUCUAAAGAAGAUGAGCACAAGGAGAAUAAUUCUGUUGUCGCUCUUAAAAUGUUCUUGUUGUUAUCGUUGUUGUAGACAAUAUCGUUCUUGUUGUCCAUCCGCUCUUUGUUUACGACUUGAUGAAAAUUCCUUUAAAAAUACCAUAGCGGCAACAAAAAAUCAAUAUUAUAAAGGAAGUCGUAAUCAUUGAAUGUCAUUUUUUCUUUGGAGGUUGACUUUUCUUUUUGUUAUUGCUAUUUGCACAAACUCUACAUGCAAGACGCUGUGGGCAAAGACUCAAAUGAGUAUAAUACUGUCACAAGUAUAUGUUUUUUUUUACUAGUGGGGAAAAGAUGAAACAAACAUAAAAAAUCAAUUCGGUAAUCUCUCUGGAUGUAUUAAUGAACACGAAUGAAAUAUGACAAACGCAGUUAUCUUGUAAGAAUACCUUAUAAUGCUUGUUCUAAACGUUAUAGAAAGACUGAUGCAUAGGCCUAAUAUAACCAGAGAGAAAUACAACUAUAACGUGUAUAAUGAACGGCUUAACGAAGAAUUGCAUUUGUCUACAUAAGUUUACAAGGAUUUUCAUGAUUAUGACAGUAUUAUGCAGCUCUGUACAUGGGUCUCGGAAACGGGAGGGGUUGGCUGGGUGGGCUUCAACACCCCCUUUUCAAAACCGUGUACAAAAACGUAAAAAUUACCAUGCUUGUGAUUUUUGCAUGCCCCCCAUAGCUUUUAAAACAAUUUCCCCGCUGUAAAGAGAUGUUGUUGUAGUUAAAGUUGCUUAUUUUCAAAUAGAGUUGUAAUAAAUUUUGUGAUUAAAAUACAGAAUGAAAUCGGAAGAAUACAACAAAUAGUAUUUAAAUUUAAUUUUUUAAAUUAUCAUAAGUAGUAAAAUAUUUCUAGAGCCUUUUUCCCCUUAUCAUUUUUUUUUUCAUUUCAAAUAAACAUUUAUUUUCCUCCAUUUUACAAAAUUUCUUCAUUUUUGUUAACAAGAAUUCAUAUGAAAUCAAUUUCCAUAAAAUAUAUAAAUAUAUACAACCAGUGGCGGAUCCAGGGGGCGCGCCCCCCCCCCUAAUAUUUGAGCGGCGCCUUCGGCGCCGCUCAAAAAAAAGUAUAAGAAAGAAAAGGCGCCGCUUGAAAAAUAAAGGAAAGAUAAGAAAAGAAAAGGCGCCGCUUAAAAAAAUUAUACACUGAUAUAUUUUUUUUUCUUUCAAUAGCAUUUAUUUAAUCAUUUGUAUAUACAUUUCACAUUUAUAUCAAAAUACAUUAAACAUAAUCAAAUAAUACAUACGGAAGACGAUACAAAGAUUUACCAGUACAGUUUUUGUUCAUUUCUAGUCUCCUACGCAAUUCUGAUUUAAAUAAAAACGUUAGAUUUGAUGGUCUAUUGUCUACUUUCCUGUAAUUACGUAACAAAAUUGAUUUAUACACAGUCCAAAAAGCUACAUUAAUGAUAUCAUCUAGUUCUUUGUGCUCGUUAUUUUUUAUCAAAAAAUCGACAUCGAUAAUAACGUGUUUAUUGAAGGCUUUUUUAAUCAGCCAAAUUAUAUAUGACCAAAAAUUUUGAUUUAAUUUACAAGUGAUCAAGGCAUGUGUUAUGUUCUCAUCUACAUGGCAACUAUUACAUUAAGCAUCUUCACUUAUACGCCAUUUACAUAAAUUUCUUUUCACAGGCAAUAAAUUAUAUAGUAUUUUGAAAUUAAAUGAUCUAAGUUUGUUUUCUUUUACUGUUAACAAGUUUCUCUCGAAACAAGUAUUCCAGACUAUACUCUUUUUCGAAAUAUUUUCCCAAAAGAAACAACAACGUGAAUUUGACCCUUCAUGACGUAUAGCAUAAUUGUAAAAGUAUCUUGAAGGUACGUGGUCCAGACAUUUUACUGAGUUACCUAUUUUUAGUUUGGGUAUAUCAAGAUGCGCAGAUCUUUGUAGGUUCUCAAUAAUAGAUUUUGAUAGCCAAAUUUUAGGUAUAGCUUGCCUCAGUUUUGAAUAAUAAAAAAUGACAGAUCUUUUACUAUUUUUAAACUUCAACAUAGAUGAAAUUUCGGAUACAUCUUUAAAGCCUCCAUUAACAUUCAAAAUGUCUUCCAAGUAUAUUAUUCCACUACUGUACCAUUCCUUGAAAAAUAGUGGUGAUUUAUUAAAAACAAUAUAAUGAUUAAACCAUAAAAUAUUUUCU